AUGCUGCUGAUGCUGUCAGGAGGACAAGGGUCGUCGCAGCAGGCAUGUGGGUGCAUCGAAGUGGAGUUGUCCAUGAUGAAGGCUCUGCAAGUCAAUCUGUCACAAACUCAGAAGAUUCUACAAGACUAUGGACAGAGAUUCGAGGAGGAGAACACCCGCUAUGUCAAUCUCAGUCGCGCCAUGGCCCAGGCCGAGAGCGAAAUCAAAAAUAGUAUCACAGAGGCAGACAGGCAGAGAUACUUGCUGUCAGUGCAAGGAAGCGACCUAGAGCAGCUCAACCUGUUGAAAGUGCAAAAUUACGAGAGGCUCGAUUUCGAGACAAGAAAGCUACGAAGCACCACGGAGCUUGUAGACAACUUGAAGAGACAAUUACUGGAGCUGCAAAGAUUUGAAAGCCAACAACGGAGGGUGCUACGUCGUUCUGCAAGUGGACAGAUUUCAGUGUCCAAUUCGCACACCUGCCUUCUUGGACGAGAAGGAAAGCUACGGUGUUGGGGAGGAAACGAUUACCAGCAGAGUCAAGCUCCUGCAUACUUGGACAACGCAAGGAUCUGGCAGGUUGCAACUGGAGAUGGGCAAACUUGCGUGAUCGUAAGCGAAAUCUUGAGCAAUGUUCGGGUUGGACAACAGGCAAGCAGGGAAAUCAGGUGUUGGGGUAACAAUGUUUUCGGGAAGAGCAAUCCUCCUAAGCUAGAGCAUGUGUCCUACAUUUCUAUUGGUGGAGCCCACGCAUGUGCCAUCUACACAUCCGGUCAGGAUCGCGCGGACCGAAGUUUCGGCAUGCCGUCUGGACAAGUUGCUUGUUGGGGUUGGAACGCUUCGGGUCAGCUGGGAGUGCCUCAAGGGUUGUCGGUAAAGGAGAUCAGCUGCGGAUUCUCUCAUACUUGCGCUUUGAACGCUCUUGGACGAAUUCUUUGCUGGGGAAACCCAGCAGAAGGAAGGCUUGAUUCUCCGACGGGACUUGGAUUCUACGUCAUCACAGCGGCCGGACACGCGCACACUUGCGCUAUUGAUCAGCAAGGACAGCCAGUCUGCUGGGGAAGCGAGGAGAUGCUGGACGAAAGCAAGUUGAAGGAGGUUCGUCAAGAUUCCAUCACCGAGUCGCUUUCAUGCGGGUCGGGACACACCUGCGUCAUCAACGCAGUUGGAAGGCUGACUUGCUUCGGCAAAGGAUCAGCCCGUCUGUACUCUACCUCGCAACCAGCUGCAGGAGGCAGUGCCCCGUUACAAAGUGCUGAAUGUGUACAAGGGGGAUGUGGGGGCUGGACUUUCAUAUGUGAGAAGAUGCUUCAGAAGAUUGACACCUCCUGCAUGACCAACGCGACGGUCCAAUUAGCUCCUACAGGUCCUCUCCUGUUCGUUCAUGUUGGUUUCAACGCUGCAUGCGGUGCUGAAAGAGUUUCCGGACGAGUCAUCUGCUGGGGUGAAGUGUACCAGAGCGUUCCGAGAACCGACGUCAUGCAGAAUACGUCGAGAUUUUUUGCUCCAGAAGACGCUCAGGUCUGUACUGGUUGGCCAUGGGAGGCGCCGCUUGGUAUGUCGGCGAUCGAUGGGGCGAAGAAGCUGAACGGGAAGGGGGAGGAGCAGCCGCCCUCCUCCUCCUCCCAGCUCGUCAUCUCCUCCCACUUCUCUGCUCCCAUGCUGCAGCCCUUCCCUGGCAACGGCCAGCCAGACUCAGCGGCCAACAAUCAGCUGAUCAGCCGCAAGACUGAGAAGAUGAUGGGGAGGAGGGGAAGUUACACCACAGCUGAGGGAAAGAUCCUAUCGCUUCGAAGGUUGUGGGAAGAGAUAGACGUGAAGAGGAGCAGGACUGUUCUAUCCAUGUCCUUCUUGAGAUAUCUCUUCUUCGUUACGAUCUACCUCAUCGCCCUGUACCAUCAGAAGAAUGGUAAGGACGCCUGCAACAUCAAUGUGACGUUCAAGGAUUACUUCAACUCUCCCCUGAUGGACUCUACUCGAGGCCAAUUCCGCUUUGAAGACAUCAGAACCACCGACGAGCUGUGGACAUGGCUGGAGCGAAAGUUUGUUCCCCUCUACUACGACUUGUUCUGGAGCAAUGGGGAGGCCAAGAUAGACUUCUACAAGAGUGCUUUGCUGGAUCACAAUCGCAUCGCCAACGGUCUUCGGCUGACUCAACGACGAGCAGCCCUCAACAAGUGUUCUCCGACAGCCAAGUAUGUCCCAUUCUUCCCUUACUGCUACCCCUCGCUUGAGGCAGGAGGAGUGGAAUCGAGGCAACCCUUUGGGCCAUACUACAAUGAUCAGAAGUAUCGCUACACUACUUUUCCCAGUCAAGGAGAAGACAACGGAUUCGUCAUCAAACUCCCCUUCAACUACAACGACACUUUGACUCAGUUGCGUUCGCUCAAGGCUGAUCGCUGGAUCGAUGAGGCAACGCAGUGGUGGCGCCUGGACUUUGCGACGUUCAAUCCGUCGGUGAACAUGUUUGCUCAGAUCGAGCUCAUCGUUGAGUUUACAACUUUCGGAAGGGUCAAGCCGAAGAUCGAAAUUUCAAGUAUGAGAUCGGAAGUUUACAUGAACAAGAAUCGCGACUACGUUCAGAUCGUGCUCGAGAUUCUUGUGAUGAUGGGGAUUAUCAUGUACGUCGUGGGAGACGUAAAGGAUUUUCUGAUCCAUCGAGCUGCGGGGAAGGUUUACACUCAGUUCCUCGGCAGCUUCUGGAUCAUUAUCGACAUCCUGCAAUUCACUUUCUUCUUCAUGGACUUCGUCCUUUGGAUGAUCGUCAUUGCCGACCCGGUGCGACGAGACAUCAAAGUGCAACUUGGCCCCAUCAUUGAGGGCGCUCGGAGGGACGUCAGCCUCGACAUGCUUCAAAUGCACAACACAACGCUCAGCUUGAUGCCUGCGGCAUACAACAGCAACAACUACUUCGUCGUCCAGUCGUUCACCGUGCUGCUAACUCUGAUGCGCUUCUUGAAGUACAUGGCAAUGAGUACGAUGACGGCUGGUCUGAUCGAGACGUUUCUGGUGAUGAAGGUCUAUCUCCUGCAGUACAUCAUCCUCGUCUGCGUCUGCAACGUGGGCUUCGCAUACGUCGGUUACCUCCUCUUCGGACACGCGCUCCUCGAGUUUGCCACCUUCAAUUCCUCUUACUUCACUCUCUUCGCCACGUUGCUGGGAGAGGGAAUCAAGUACUCGGACCUCCAUGCAGUGAACCCCACAGGAGCCCCCAUCCUCUACAUCCCCUUCGUCGUCUUCUACGUCUUCAUCGUCCUUCAGUUGGUCGUCGGCAUCAUCAUGGAGAGCUAUCAGGUCUACAUGGCCAACCGCACCCGCCACGUCGACAUCGUCCAUCAGAUCCUCUACGGCUUCGCUCGUGCCUUGAGCUUCUUCCGCUCCUUCGUGGACCCGGAGGAAACUUAUCGAUAUGACGGGCCCGAUGCCGGGCAGCUGCGAGAGUGGCUGGAGACUACCGACUUCACGGAAGAGACUGAAGUGACUCAGCAGCAGCUGUACGAGCUUCUCCGCCCGCACAACGUGACCAGGGAGGACGUUGCCUUUAUCUUCAAGAGAUACUCCUACUGCACAAGAGAGCAGGACCCCCCCAUGCCUGAGCCAGAGGUGAACGACAUGGUCCGAGAGCUCUACAAGCAGAUCAAGGUGCUGUCGGAGUCACAGUCUGUAGUUCACCGCAAGUUGGACUCGAUCCUCUCGGGACAGAACAUGUAA